AUGUCCCCCACUAAUCAAUAUUAUCAAAUAUUACCUCAACAACAAGAACUUUCAUCACCAACAGUAUCAUCAUCUUCGACAUCGUCAUCAUCAAAUUAUAACUUUCAUUAUUGUAUUGGAACGGGCAAUUUUGGAGAUGUUUAUAAAGCCACACAUAGGGCUAGCGGUACUAUCGUUGCAGUCAAGGUUGUUGAUUUAGAAGAAUUCGAUGAUGAAAUCAAAGUUUUAACUCAAGAGAUUCAUUUUUUAUCUAGAAUGAAAAGUGAAAAUAUCACUACUUAUCAUGAAGCAUUUACCCAAGAUUGGAAUAUGUUCAUUGUGAUGGAAUAUUGUGGUGGUGGUUCAUGUUCUGAAUUAUUAAAGGUUUAUCGACAACUCCCUGAAGAUAUGGUUAGUUAUAUUAUCCGUGAGGUUUUAAAAGGUUUACAAUAUUUACAUUCUGAACAUAAGGUUCAUCGAGAUAUAAAACUGGCAAAUAUUUUAUUAACUGAAGAUGGAAAAGUUAAAUUAGCUGAUUUUGGGGUUAGUGGAGAAUUGACAUUAACUAGAAUAAAGAAGAAAACAUUUGUUGGUACUCCAUUUUGGAUGGCCCCUGAGGUGAUUACAAGGGGAAAAACCGCUGAACAACCAAAUCAAAUAGGGUAUGAUGUUAAAGCUGAUAUUUGGUCUACUGGUAUUACUACAAUUGAACUUAUUAAUGGAUAUCCACCUUUAGCUCAAUUUAAACCACUUGAAGUUUUAUUUGAGAUCCCAAGACAAAGACCACCAACGUUAGAUGGGCUGGGUUAUAGUGAGAAUUUAAAAGAUUUUGUCAAAUACUGUUUAAUCAAGGACCCUUCAAAGAGACCGAAUGCUUCUACUUUACUUAAGCAUCAUUUUAUUACCAAAUGUGUUCGUUAUCGUACAUAUGCUCAAACUACGUUAGCAAGAGUGGUUGCUGAGAAGAACAGAUAUCUUCUACAAAAAGGAAAACUAGUUAAAAAGGCAAAACAUUCUUGGGGAUCUGGUGAUCAAAAUAAUAAUAAUGCCAAUGAUCUUAACAAUAAGGUAAGUGGUGGAACCAAUAUUGAAUGGCAAUUUCAUACAGUUAUUAAACCAAUUCAACGAGAUUUAUCUACCAAUUCAUGUACUAUGGAGCAAACAUUAUUACAGACAAUUUCCCAAUCACCAAAUUUACCACAUAAUGAAUUACUCCCAGUUGAAAAAUCAAAUGAAACAACAUCUAGACCUUCAUCGCCUGCUAACCCAGCUCCUGUAUCUGCUCCAAUACCUGCAUCAAUUUCAAUUCCAAUUCCAAAUCCAAUUCCAAUUCCUGCCUCAACUCGAGGUCCUGCUUCUGCCCCCGUUCCAUCCCGUAUAGCUUCAAAUAUUCAGGCUAACGGACAAAAAAUGUUAUUAUCUUGUUUAGAAAGGGUUUAUCACAGAGCUAAGAGUGAUGAUACAAAGAAUUCAGUAGUGUCAUUAAUCCAUGAUAUUCAAAGAUAUGAGAGGAAGGUACCAGGACUUUGUGAUGCUAUUGUGGAGGAAUUUUUAAAUCUUCAACCCCAACUAUAG